UUACUGAUUGGAGUCUACUAUAUUAUAUACGACUUACUUUUGCCGCUCGUACUCGUAGCUCGCUUGUCGGUUGGUGAGUGGAAUUUUCUUUUCAGCGUCAUUGCUGAAUCAUAAUCGGUUUUAAUCUGUAUCUACAUACGGAGUAACUGCAAAAUGGCUGCGCUUGCAAACAAACCAAGGAGUGAGAUGACUGCUGAGGAGUUGGAGGCACGAGAAAAAGAAGAAUUUCAAACUGGUCCUUUAUCAGUGUUGACUGAUUCAGUGAAAAACAAUACACAAAUAUUGAUCAACUGCAGAAAUAACAGAAAGUUACUUGCUAGAGUUAAAGCAUUCGACAGGCAUUGCAAUAUGGUUCUGGAAAAUGUGAAGGAGAUGUGGACAGAAACUCCAAAAACUGGUAAAGGAAAGACGAAGCAGAAGCCUGUUAAUCGUGAUCGUUUUAUAAGCAAGAUGUUUAUUCGUGGAGACUCUAUCAUUAUUGUGCUGAAGAAUCCUCUUGCUUCAGCUGAGUCCAAGGCUUAGUUGUUGUUUUUUUCGCAGCUACAUCUAGUUUGACAUAUAGAUGCCUAACUGCUGUAGCUGCGAAUAUCAUUUUUAUCAACCUGCUUGAAGACAAAUUUUCAGGUAUUCCUGCGCAUAUAUGUUGUACAGGAGCCAGAAGUCUGCAAUCGUGGUUUUAUAUUGAUUUUCAAUAAAAAGAAGACAUUGUUUCAAAUUGUA